AUGGGCUGAUGGCAAUGGGAGGAGAUGUGGGUAUUUAAACCCUGGUGAAAAAAUCGUCAACCCAGUGGAACUCGGGACACCAACUCGACGAUACGCACACAGCUAUGAGGGCUUUGGUCAUAUUGGCAGUCUUGGGGACUUGCGCAGCAAGUCUCCACCAGGCCUACCACAGCCCCUACCACAGCUCCUUCUUCGGACUGCCAGCAGGCGGACCCCAGCCCAAAUGGACAGGCCCUCUGGCAUCGUCCGUGCCUGCGGGAGUCGACGGGACGAUCACCCAGGUAUCUGAAACUCCCGAGGUCUCAGCCGCCCGCAGCGCCUUCUUCAACGCCUACCAGCAGCAGCUAGCAGCCGUCGCAGGAGGGAGUGGCCGUUAUGGCGUCGUCGCCGACGUGUCUGUUCCCAUCUUCCGUCAGGAGGUCGGGUCGAGGCCUCUUAGGCAUCCUAAUACGGUGGCUCCUGCGUACAGGUCUGGAGCCGCUGCGUCCUCGGCUUCGUCAUUGUCCUCGUCUUCGCUUUCCAAGCCGGUCGUCCCGUCCCGCAUCGUCGUGUCCAACGGACACGUCCAGGACACGCCGGAAGUCGCCAACGCCAAGUCGCACUUCUUCAGGCUCUUCGGCGAGCAGGCCGCAGCGGCUGCGGCAGCUCCCGACGACGAAGAAUACUUUCCCCGGUAUCCUUCCGUCCCUCAGCGACGCUACUAUUAUACCCAGUUUGCUGUUGCAGUGUCCAGCGAUACCCAUCCUUUUAGUACAAUGAGGACUUUGGUUGCUUUGGCAGUUUUGGGGAUGCUGUGCGCCCUCCCCCAUCAGGCCUACAGCUUCUCCGGCGCCUCUUACGGGCGGCCCCAACCUAGAUGGCCCGGGCCAUUCGCUGCUAACCUGCCAGCAGGCGUCAACGGCCUGAUAACUCCAGUGUCAGACACCCGCGAGGUCUCCGAAGCCCGUAGAGUGUUCUUCGAUGCCUACCAAAGGCAGCUGUCCUCCGUGGGCAGCGUUGGCCGUUACGCCGUGGGUGCGCCUGCUGCCCCUGCUGCCUCUGUUCCAGUGCCUGCCUUCAGGCCUGCCUUCAGGCCUGCCGCAGGAACUUACAGCGUAGGGGCUUCCUCCUCCUCCUCCUCUUCCUCCUCUUCUUCAUCCUUCGGUGGCCAUUCCUUCUCCCGCGUCAUUCCAUCCAACAUCGUCGUGUCCAGGGGCCACGUCCAGGACACUCCCGAAGUGGCAGCUGCCAAAUCUGAGUUCUUCGCCCUCUACGACAGGCAGGCUGCCGAAGCUGCCGCAGCUCCUGACGAUCCAGUCGCCUACUACUAAGAGAUCUUAGUAAAUCGGCGAAGAAGCUUACUUUAGCUUAAGUAUGGUCUUUGCUGAUGAGGGUGGCCUAAGUCCCUCUGGUUUGGGACUUGGCGAGAAUAAACUGUGAAAAUGUAA